AUGGAUGAGUUUUUUAACUUUGAUGAUGCCACCGAUUCACCUACUGAUCAAUAUGAUUAUGACUUUAGUCAUCUCAAUGCACUUUCAAGUGCAGGUCCUUACAAUAUCGACCUAGCUUUUGCAAACCCUGAAGCGGAUGAAAACUCCUUCACGUGUCUGCAACACUUCUCUGCUCCAGAGGAACAGCUUUCCCAAGACUUCGGUAAUGCAAUAGUCAAUACAUCGACACUUGAAGCACAUGACUUCCAAGAUUUUCCAAGAUGGAUUGAUGGCAUGUCAGAACCUACCAAACCUUGCACACGAUGUCGACAGGAAAAUACCCAUUGCAAAGUUAUCAAAGAGGGUUUUCGCAAAGGAUCCUGCACAUGUUGUGUAGCUUUUGCGAGAUCAUGCAGCUUAACACGAGAUCUCAAUAUGAGGAGUAGAGAAACCUAUGAUUAUCGUGCCUCGGGUAAGAUUGAUUGUGCUGUCGAUGGUCAGGGGAAUCAUAAUAUUAACGAGGAGGAAACCAUGUCUCCAAUCAAGCAGUGUGAGUACUGCAGAAGAUGUGCUCAACCGUGUAAGGUAUUAGGAGAUGGAGAAAAUCUCGCUUGCCAAAGCUGCUUGGUAUUGAGUCGACCUUGUAGCCUGGUACAAUACAAUCGUUCUGGCGAUUGGCAAAUAGCAGAGGGUCGUUAUUCUCAAGCUAAUUCUCUCAUAUCGCCCAUGUCUCCAUUUGAAGAUCACAAUUCAUACUCAGCAUCUCGAAAUAAUUCAUCGACGGAUUUGCCGGCCCUUAAAACCUCGACAGAAAAUCUCAAAAGGGAUGUUGGAGACAAUAGUUCAAAGGUUGGUGUGAGAUUUUCGAGACAGUCAGUACGGAUCCUCAAGGACUGGCUAGGGUUACAUCAUCGUCAUCCAUAUCCAACAGAUUCAGAGAGGGAUGCUCUAAUGUCCAAAACUGGAUUGAACAAAACGCAAAUCACAAACUGGCUUGCAAAUGCACGCCGUAGAGGAAAGAGCAGGUCGACUAUAACUCCGCCAACUGUGGGCAAUCAUGCAAAUGCCAUGGACAUCCCAAGGAAAGCCACCCCUGCAUUAGAACACAUGAAUCCCUUGGAACGUUGGGCGCACUCUCCUCCCGAACACGAACCUGCCUCAGCCACAGCUAUAGCGAAGGCCGUCACGGCCUCUAGCUUCGACUCUGGUCUGGACAGUCCAUACACUAGUUACGGUGAUGAUGGGUCGAACCGAUCUCUUUACAAUGCAUCAUCGACUAGUAGUUUGGGAACAUCUCAUUCUAGUGCUGGAUCAUUUGCUUCAGCAUACUCUCAUAGAUCUCGUGGAUCCUUCGGCUCUUUUGGAUCUUUCGGUAAAACAGGUAAACGUCGUCGUCGUCGACAAGCACCAAAGCCAGCGAAGACAAUGGCCGCAGGUCCCGCUCGUACCUUUCAAUGUACUUUCUGUACCGAAUCCUUCAAGACAAAACAUGAUUGGCAGAGGCAUGAGAAAUCUCUACAUCUAUCCCUUGAGAGAUGGAUCUGUUGUCCUAAUGGACCUAUACAAUACAACAAGGAGUACGAACGUCCUGCUUGCGUUUAUUGUGAUCACCCCAACCCACCGGCAGGUCAUGCAGAAGUGCAUAAUCAUUCAAGUUGUACCGAGAAACCAAUUGGAGAAAGGACAUUCUACCGAAAAGACCAUCUACGCCAACACUUGAAUCUUGUUCAUGAUGUGAAAUUUGUUGGUUGGAGUAUGGAGGCGUGGAAAGCUCUGACACCAGAAAUACGAUCUAGAUGCGGUUUCUGUGGAAUAGUGAUGGAUUCUUGGACAGCUAGAGUUGACCAUCUGGCCGAGCAUUUCAAAAGCGGAAGAAGUAUGGCUGAUUGGAAGGGUGACUGGGGCUUCGAACCACAGAUUCUUAACAUAGUUGAGAAUGGGAUUCCUCCUUAUCUCAUUCACGCAGAGCGGAAUACUAUGCUACCUUAUGAAGCCUCCCAAGAUAUCUUUAGUGGAGAGCGGACUCCAGAAAAUCUGAUUAAGAGUGGCCUUAUUCAAUAUGUCAAUGAUAAGGUUGUGCAAGGCAUAACUCCGACCGACGAAGAGUUGCUCGCUAUAUCCCGCCAAAUAAUCCGCAAUCUGGACGCCGUGUCUGAUGCGCAACAUCAUCCUGAAGGUCCUUGGUUACGAGAUAUGAUAAUAUUUUCCGAGUUGGAUAAUUGUGAGACAGAUGAACAAGAUGCGCUCAAAACGCCACGAACAAAACCAUUCGAUACAAUUCGACAAUCGUUGAUUGGUGCAACACCAUCAAUGCAUCAAUGUCCGAAGGAGCAAGCCCUACGGAGUUACGUUACUUCGAGGCAAAUGCUUGGUCUGACUGCUACGGAUUCCGAAUUACAAGUGGAAGCAUGCAGAAUUCUUGAUGAAGCAGAGUUAACAGCUGCAGUACCUUGCAAAGGUGCCGUUUCUUGGUUCAAGUAUCUGAUAAAUAAUUCGACUUGCUGGCUCGCAAAUUUCAGAAGACGUGCAGGCUUGCCUAGGAGCUCUGAAAUGGCCGAUGAGUUCAUAAGGUCAAAAGACGAAACAUCUAUUGAUCAUGCAAUACACAACUACGCGAGACUUGAAGCAGAGUUGAAAGAUUAUGUACAACUUCAAUCCACCUUGAAUAUGGAGCCAUCAGAUUCAGAUCUUCAGCGACACGCUAGACUCAUUGUUUAUGGAAGCGAUGAUCAAUGGAAUCAAACUUGGGCUGACGAUCCACUGUAUCUUCACAUGUUCAAGACGAGAAACGGUCUUGCGCCGGCCGCGGAAGAUAAACCUUCCAUUAUGUUUCCAACAGCUAUAGAUUCUCCCGAGCAAGCUGCAUCAUCUCUGUCACGAACUUUACAUUGGGAGCUGGAGAAUAUCGAGACUCGUAGUCGUUCAGGAAGCAAAGUAACUUCGCCGAACAUGAACUACAAUCAACCGGUUCAUGCCCUCAAAGCUUCGAACCAACCAUCUACAAACUCUAAUCCUACUCAACCUCUAAGAUACUUCCUCAACGAUGCAAAUUGUUACAAUAGAUUAGUCCGGGAACUAUCCAGAUUUGUGGCAAGAUGUGUAUCACCGAACAAUCCCAAUCAACAUAUUCCAUCGGAUGCCGAACUGCAAAACCAGGCUCGUUGGGUAAUCUACGAUGAUGAUGACCCAUGGAAUCAAACGGCAGCUGAUAAUGCAGAAUGGCUGAUGCGAUUUAAACGCGAUACUGGCCUAUCACCCCAAGGUUCUGGUCCUGGUCUUCCCACCGGACAUCUCUCCUGGAAGAUCUCAUUAGGCGGUUCAGGUUUCAGUCCACCUUACCUCAAUCCCGGGAAAGAUGUUAAGGCAUGUGAUACCGAAGAGUUAGAAGUCAACCUUGCAAGGAUGGACGAAAGCGAGAAGAUUGUGAAGUUGAGAGGAGAAACCGCAAAUGGAUAUAUUCAAGGUUUGAAACAACGAUAUAAGAUGCCCGCACAAGUUUUCUGUUCGAGGGAGUUGGAAGAAGCAUUGCUCGAUUUGGUCAAGACGGAAAACGAACAAGGACGCGUUCCGACCGAUGAGUUACUGAAGGCCAGAGCGAGAGAUGCAUUGAAUGUCUCCAAUACAGCAGCGGACGACAAGGAACUGUUGGAGAAAUUUAAAACACAUUAUGGAGUUACUUCAACACAAAGACAACAGGAUCACUCACCACAAUCGCAGACUCAAACAUAUCAACCACAAGCUCAAUCAAUUCCCUCAUUUUCCACACAACAACCUCUGGCCUUUCUUAACGAUGACAACCUACUAGCUUCUUUCGAUGAAGAAUUACUUAAUUCAUCUGAUAUGGAAUUGGGAUUGGAUUUUAAUACAUCACCACUUACUACCAUGGAUUUCCUCUCGAAUCAUUUGACGACGUUAGGACCCAUCACUGAUUCAAACUUGGUUUCUGUCGCUCCAUUUACUAGUGUACCUGAAGGAUCAAACAUGAAUUUCGAUAUGAACAUGAAUUUGGGAUUGGGAAAUAAUGAUGCGGAACCUUGGGCAGGGUUGCAAACGAGUGAAAUGAAUGGGUUAGAGGGAUUAGAUGGGAUGGAAGGAAUAGAUGAGGGAUCAUUAGAUGUGGAAGGACUUAAUGAAGAAGAAAUGAAUAAAGAGGUUGAAUAUGCAGAGUUGCAUAAAAUUAAUACGGCAACAGCGAGUCCGUGGAGGAGGAGGGCUAGUGAAAGAUUGGCGAGGGGUAGGGAUAUGGAUAGGGAUUUGGGUAGUUUGGGGGAGGAGGGGGUUAAGGGGCAUAGUUUUUUGAGUGGCGGGAGGGAGAGGCUUUGGUAG